GUCCAUGCGAGGCCCCCUCGGUUUCUCGUAGGAGCGGGGAGCCCCUUGUGGCCUUGUCCCUUUCCCGUGAUCCCGUCUCCACCUCUCGCCGCCGCCGCCGCGUGCACAGGCACUUCAACUGCCGCCGCAGCCGGCCGAGAAAUGGCCCUGAAACCCUAGAGAAAGGAAAGAAGGGAAGGGGACGGAGGAGCACGUGACGGGUGCCAUCCUCCACAUCUCUCUCUAACUGUUUCCGUGUCCAGCUAUUGUUCCACUACACGGAGUUGGCAUGGCUACAGCACCGCCUGCCUUCACCGGCAACAUAAAGAAAGCACUUGCAGGUUUGAGAAGAAUAAAUUUAGAUGGGUUGCGAUGGCGUGUAUUUGAUGCAAAGGGUCAGGUGCUUGGACGGUUGGCAUCACAAAUUGCUGUUGUGCUUCAAGGCAAGGAUAAGCCAACCUAUGCACCACAUGUAGAAAACGGAGACAUGUGUAUUGUACUUAAUGCAAAGGAUAUCAGUGUUACAGGAAGGAAAAUGACAGAUAAGAUCUACUACUGGCAUACAGGGUAUAUUGGCCAUCUUAAGGAAAGAAGGCUCAAGGACCAGAUGGAGAAAGACCCAACUGAAGUGAUCCGCAAAGCUGUCUUGCGCAUGCUUCCCCGCAACAGAUUGCGUGAUGACAGGGAUCGCAAACUGAGGAUAUUUUCUGGAAAUGAGCAUCCAUUCCAUGAUCGCCCUCUUGAGCCAUUUGUGAUGCCACCACGGCAAAUACGUGAGUUGCGGCCCCACGCAAGGCGUGCGCUGAUUAGGGCCCAGAAGAAAGAGCAGGCAAUCAGAGCCAAGGAGGAGGAAGGUGCAAAGGAUGCCGAGAUAACUGCAUAGGCAUAAUCUGAUGUGGAUUAGCACAUUGCAAAUCUUCCAGAUUUUGUUCUCAGAGUGUCCUUUCUUUCUUGGACAUGUAGUCUGUUGUGUCCAAUAGGCACUAGAACCUGGGAACAUGCAAAACUUAUUGUGAGUGAGAUAAAAUCGUUUUCUGCUUUGUUCAACUUA